GAUCAAGUUCUCGUCACUAAGAAGAACGAAAAAUUUUUUGCGCGUUUGACAUCUGAUAACGAAUGCUUGAGGAGGCACUAUGAACGGAGCAGCGACAGUCACGGCGACUGAAGAUCAUCAGCAUCAGCAAACACAGAAUGAAACAACUUCGGAACAUCCACGGAGUCCUGCCAGCCCAUUGAGUGCUAGACACGACUCCGGCGAGAGCAGCGUCAUUUCCCCGGGUUUGCCGGAACGUUACAGUCCAUUGGGAGCGACGGGGUCUACGUCAAGCCACGAUCCUUAUGCUUCCCGAUCGGUUCAAGAAUGUCCGGUACCUCUCUGCAGAGGAAUGCCGACGGACUUUCCUCUAGCCCGGUCACCGUAUCUAACUGCACUUGGAAACGGUCAUCCGCAUUUGCUGGGUCAGGUACAGCAUCAGCAGCAACAACAGCAACAACAGCAGCCACAGCAACCACAGCAUGGCAGCAAACCACCACGUAGUCUCGGCCUCAUAUGCGUGGUCUGUGGCGAUACUAGUUCCGGCAAACAUUAUGGAAUACUCGCCUGCAACGGCUGCAGUGGUUUUUUCAAGAGGAGUGUUAGACGAAAGCUAAUAUACAGAUGUCAAGCUGGUACCGGAAGAUGCGUUGUGGACAAAGCGCAUCGAAAUCAAUGUCAAGCUUGUCGUCUGAAGAAAUGCAUGCAAAUGGGAAUGAAUAAGGAUGACGUAUGCGAUUUCCGGGAUAAAAAUCGACGUGUUGCUGCGACGCGAUCAAAUUCAAUCGAAAAGAUCUCCCUUUGCGACAUCGAGUUUGGCAAUAAGAAAGUUAUCAACGGGACGAUGCUGAAGGCCGAAACGAGAAUGCAGGAAGGGAAGAAUAAGAAAGACGAUGAGACAGCUGUUCAGAAUGAACGUCAACCAAGGAAUACUGCCACCAUCAGACCAGAAGCUCUCGUAGAGAUGGAUCAAGAACGAGCCUUACGUGAAGCUGCCGUCGCCGUAGGUGUCUUUGGACCGCCCGUAUCCUUGGCCAUGGCGAGAUAUACUACGCCACUACCUCUGCCUACAGUCGCACCGACGACAAAUUCCGCAAACAACGCAACAACACCACCUCGACAAGAAAACGAGGACGGAAACGCUUCCGAGGACAGUAUAGAUGUAACAAACGAGGAGCCGUUGACGCCUCAACGAAGCGGAUGCACCCAGCUUCCACCGGUGCUGCCGUCCUUAUAUUCACCAGCGAGUGCUGAAACGGUUUACGAGACCAGCGCGAGGUUGCUCUUUAUGGCAGUCAAAUGGGCGAAAAAUCUUCCCUCCUUCGCUGGUCUGCCAUUCAGAGAUCAGGUAAUAUUACUGGAAGAAGUUUGGUCGGAGCUGUUCCUACUAAAUGCGGUUCAAUGGUGUCUGCCGCUUGAAUCUUCGCCUCUCUUUAGCGCCGCUGAGCUUACUGCUCUGACUCUCUCACCUCAUCCGCAUCCGCAUUCGGGGUUGCAUCUGCAAACCACUACAGGGAAGCCCAGUCAAGUGGCGGCGGAUGUUAGACACUUACACGACACCCUGCAGAGAUACAAGGCGGUCAUGGUCGAUCCUGCGGAAUUCGCUUGUAUGAAGGCCAUCGUUCUCUUUCGCCCAGAAACUCGCGGUUUAAAGGAUUCGAGCCAGAUUGAGAAUUUGCAGGAUCAGGCGCAGCUAAUGCUCGGACAUCACGCACGUGCUCAACAACCAAAUAGUCCAGCCCGCUUCGGCAGAUUGUUGUUGUUGCUGCCGUUGCUGCGAACAGUUCCAGCUGCAAGAGUGGAAUUGAUCUAUUUUCAUAGAACUAUCGGCAAUACGCCGAUGGAGAAGGUCCUUUGUGAUAUAUCCGGUAACGAAUUUCGAUAUCCUCUAGCGAAAAAGGGCGAGUAUAGGCAUGGCGGAACGAGGAGGCGGAAGGUAGUGAUAGUAUUGACUCGCUUUCGCGGAUGCGCGGAGGCGGAGUUUUCGACCUAUCUACCUCGGAAGCAGGGAAGCCGGGGUCGUGCCGGGUUCGACCGAGUGGGUAGAGUGAGACCGACUCUCGUCGCACUGUCAACCCCCACCCACGCAACGACAAAACUCCCGCUGAAGGGUGAUCCAGCAAUGGCGGCAGGACUUGUUGUAUUUCGCUUUCGAGGUAUGGUGGCGGAAGGUGUGGGUAACGGUGAGAAAAAAGAGAGCUGCACAGCGAAUUGUGGGGUCCUAGAGGAAUGA